AUGGCAGCAGAAGAUUCCACACCCAAACAUGGCAAGUCAACACCUCGAGUCCUCUCUGCUAAACGUAGAACAGUAGAAUUUCUAAGAACAUUUGGAAUAUUUUCUCACAGACCCCAGGACAGAAAAGAUGAUGAUGACCAUGAUUAUAAAGAAAAACCAAUACAACGCAGUCGCACUCUAGAUGUAAAGAAAGUUUUUUGGAGAAAUGAUAUGGAAAUAAGAAGAGUGAACUCAGAUAGAUUUACUCGCCGAAAUAACAAAUCUGAACAUGGAUCUCAUGCACAAACCUCUCGAGCAAGAAAAUCUCUUCCCACCAUAUCAACAUUGUCGACAUCUAGUGGAGGGGGUGGGGAUAAGUCCCCAGUGUUCAAUGGCAAUGAUGUGUGUGACCUGCUUGCACCGAAAACUGAAUCAGAUGUCUCUCGCAAUGUUAGUCCAAAUAUGAACACAAGAAAACCCACUAAUGGACAUAUCGAUUUUUUCUAUCCAUCAGUGAGCAAGUCUAGAAAUGAACAGUUCCAUAAAUUGUUUCAGUCCGUCCCAGAGGAUGAAUUUCCCAUUGAUUAUUUUUCCUGUGCGUUUAAAGGUGAUAUAUUGCUACAGGGAUUAAUGUAUGUUUCACCUAAUUGGAUCUGUUUUUAUUCUAAAAUUAAAGGUCGAGGUCGUCAGGUUGAAAUACCAUUCAGUGAUAUAAUAUGUAUUACAAGAGAGAAAACAGCUCUAGUCUUUCCUAAUGCAAUUGGUAUUCAAACAGCGGACACUAAGGUUGUGUUUGGAUCAUUUAUGUCAAGGGAUUCUACAUACAGACUUUUAGAAAAUCUCUGGAAACAGUCCCAUGAUUCUGAAAAAGAAUCAACAUUAAUCAGUGCAAAUGAUUAUAGAAAAAGUGAUAAAUGUUCAUCAUUAAGUGAAAGUUGUAGUAGUUUUGAUGUGGAACAAGAAGUAGAUAAUUCAAGUGAGACUGAUAGUGAUGUUUGUUUAAAGUGUGGAAGUGUCAAUAUGAAAACAGAACCAACAAGGCCUAGUGAUAAAAAGACUUGUUUAACAUGUGAAUCAAAUAAUAAUGUGGACCAAAAACCAUCAAGGAUAGACAGAAUACCUUUUUUCUAUAUUGUCAAAUGUUUUGAUUGUACUGAACCAUAUAAAGCUUUUUGUAGAUUAAAAGUUCGCUUACAACAUAUUCCAAGAACUAAUUUAUUAUUAACAGUGUGUAGUAUUUUAGUAUUUUUCCUAUUAUUAUCAGCUGUUGGGCUAACUUAUAAAAUAUUAGUCAUACAAGCUAGACUAGAGAUGGCAUCAAUGUGGACACCACAAACUAAAUUAUUAUUCAGGGAUCACAUGAUGGAUGAAGCUUAUAAAGUGCAACGUGAAAGUCAUGAAUCAACUAUUAAUCAUUUACAUACUGUUAUUAAAGCUAAUAUACAUUUAUUACAAGAGGUGCAUGAUUCUCUAAGAAGCCUUCAAUCACAAGUUCAUGAUACGUGUCAAACCAAAGACUGUCCAUAG